CAGAGUGGCUGUGGCGCCGCCCGCCCCGGACGCCCGCUCCCGCCGCCUCUCCGCCCGCCGCCCGCCGCCAGCAGCCAUGAGCGCGCCCGGCCCCGGGGUAGCCUGCUGUCCUCUAGAUUAGCGCUCCCCGCCGCCACCGUCCGCAGCAUGGAGUCCCCCGCCGCGAGCCGGCCGGCCACCUUGCCCCAGACCAAAGGAAAAUCCAAAAAGAAAAAGGAUUUACGGAUAACCUGCAUAACCAAGCCACCCGUGCCCAACCCCACACCUCCCCGGAACCUGGACUCCCGGACCUUCAUCACUAUCGGAGACAGGAACUUUGAGGUGGAGGCUGAUGACUUGGUGACCAUCUCAGAGCUGGGCCGUGGAGCCUACGGGGUGGUGGAGAAGGUGCGGCAUGCUCAGAGUGGCACCAUCAUGGCCGUAAAGCGUAUCCGGGCCACUGUGAACUCACAGGAGCAGAAACGCCUGCUUAUGGACCUUGACAUCAACAUGCGCACGGUCGACUGCUUUUACACCGUCACCUUCUACGGCGCCCUCUUCAGAGAGGGGGAUGUGUGGAUCUGCAUGGAGCUCAUGGACAUGUCCCUGGACAAGUUCUACCGGAAGGUGCUGGAGAAGAACAUGACAAUCCCAGAGGACAUCCUGGGCGAGAUCGCUGUGUCUAUCGUGCGGGCCCUGGAGCACCUGCACAGCAAGCUGUCGGUGAUCCACAGAGAUGUGAAGCCGUCCAAUGUCCUCAUCAACAAGGAGGGGCAUGUGAAGAUGUGCGACUUCGGCAUCAGUGGCUACCUGGUGGACUCCGUGGCAAAGACGAUGGAUGCUGGCUGCAAGCCUUACAUGGCCCCUGAGAGGAUCAACCCAGAGCUGAAUCAGAAGGGCUACAAUGUCAAGUCUGACGUCUGGAGCCUUGGCAUCACCAUGAUCGAGAUGGCCAUUCUGCGCUUCCCGUAUGAGUCUUGGGGGACACCGUUCCAGCAGCUGAAGCAGGUGGUGGAGGAACCAUCCCCACAGCUCCCAGCUGACCAGUUCUCCCCUGAGUUUGUGGACUUCACUAGCCAGUGCCUAAGGAAGAACCCCGCGGAGCGCAUGAGCUACCUGGAGCUGAUGGAGCACCCUUUCUUCACCUUGCACAAAACUAAGAAGACGGACAUUGCUGCGUUUGUGAAGGAGAUCCUGGGAGAAGACUCAUAGGGGACUGGCCUGGGACCCCACUGGUCUGCCAGCGUCCAUACCCCUCUGCUGGGGCAGCACCACCCUGCAGCCAUAAGCUACUGCCAAUCUGGCCCUGGGCAUCCCAGGAGGAAUGGAGGGGGUCGUUCCUGUCUGGCUGUGCAACUAGCUGCCCCAAACGCCAAAGAACCAGACCUCAGGGGGUCCUAGCCAGGCCCUAUGGGCCCCACAGUGCCUCUGCUGCUGCUGCUCCCAGGGUCUCAGGCCUCCACUCGAGGGAAGAAUUUGGAGGGGCCUGUGUACCCCGGCAGAUGCUGUUGCCUCUUGAAGAGCAGGCAGCCAGUGCCUGUAUGGACAGGCUGUAUAUAGCCUUGGUACUGUCCUGGAUGCCACCCAGGUUGUAUAUAUAUUUUAAACCACAACUGAAAGACUUCGUAUACUGUGGCCUGGAUUGGGGACGUCUCUGUCCCAUCUUAGGUGCUGAGGACACACUAUGGGGACGAGCCAUGUGAAUCCCCUAAGACUUUCCUGGGAGACGUGUUGAGCUGCCCAAGGCCCUCACCCAGCACUGGCCAGUGGUCUCUAAGGGGCACACUGACCUAGCCCCUGGCCACCACCUCCACUGGCAUCUGCCUUUCUUUUUAAACUAUUAUCCUUGUUGCCUUUCGCUCUGUGGGUGUCGCCAGUUUUUCUUGCAUGGUGUGGAGCUGAUCACUUAACCCUGGGGACUAGCAGGCUCACAGGCACCCCUGUGCUCAGGCUGGAGUCCCUAGGAUAGCUCAAGCUCUCUGCUCAAGGCCACCUGGGGGGCCAUACCAAGUCUCUAGGUGUGACCAGCUCAUGGGAGCUAAUAGGUUUACUCUAAUAGGUGGUGUUUUUUAAAAAAAAAAGAAAGAAAAUAUAUUUUUGUGAAAGAGGCCUGCCUUGCCCAGCCUUUCCUGGGGCAGGGACCUAUUGCUGUUUUAAUUAAAAAAAUAAACCAAAUAACAAAACCAAACAACCAAAAAAAACCUGUGUGAAA